UUCUGCUGCAGUUAUGACAUAUGCCCAUGCCAUUCGUUUUGUGAAGUGAAUCGUGCACGUAUUAACCGGCAUCUAGCUGGCGCUUUUACGAAAGCUACCUAUACCUUGGUGCACGCCGAGAUAGUUGACAUUUGCGUUAACCUAUUAAUAAGAGUCGACGUGCGAUUAAUUUACUUUGUUUCGGACUUGCGAUCGGUUCGGUGUUGUGGUGUUUGAAUUUCAUAUUGUUGUGACGUGUUCUGGAAUUAUUUGUUGAUAGUUUUUUGAAAUUCGGAGUGUCGUUUGUGGAUCAUCUUGCAGUGGCAGUUGGAAAAGUUGUGUGCUGUUACCAGAUUAUUUGUGGGAGUUUAAAUGGUUGAACAAUGGUAACGUCCAUUCACAAAUCCAGCUACACCGUUUUGGCCACCGUACUGUUGACUGUUCAAGGAGCAGUGGUACCGCCACCAUGGGCAGAUCCGACCUUUAACCCUUGCGCAUCGCAGCCCGGCGGUUGGCAACUAAUUUACUGGCCUCCGGAUAAGAAAUGUUACCGUAUAUUUACCAGAGGGUACCCGUGCCCGGAAACGAUGGAGCUGGGUCCUGGUCCUGAUAAAGGAACACCCGAAUGUAAUUGUCCUCCGGGUACGGCGCAAAGUGCCAGAGAUUCGAGAUGUUACACGUUGUAUGAAAAGGAUCCUUGCGACGAUGGAGAGUUCUUUGCUCCGACAAACAUCAAAACAGGUCGAGGAAGAUGGGGAACGUGUCAAAAAGCUGAAUCAUGCGUCGAAUCAGGUCAGCUACUUUGGCCAAAAGAUGGACGCUGCUAUCCGAGAAACGCACGAGGGCCUUGUCCAGAAGGUCGUCUAUUUAUUACGAGCACCGAAAGCGCCCUGAUUGGCAAAUGUGGCUGUGAAAAUUCAUCGGAAUUAGCUCAGUAUUACUGGACGCCUACUGGAACAUGUCACGAGCAUUACACAACGGGACCUUGUCAAGAACGAGGCGGUUUAUUCCUACCAGGAGGGGUGUGUGGUUGCCAGCCAGAUUUACCGCAUUACCACAACACCACCGCUAAAUGUUACCAGUUAGGUGGAAUCGGACCUUGCCCAGCUGGUCAUCAAUUUAUCGUACCACCGCAAUCUGCCAUCAACCCUGGCUCCGGUAAUACCACCAGAUACGCGGAAUGCGUUUGCAAAGAUGGCCAUAUUAAAUGGUUCGGAGAUGGAGCUUGUUAUCGUCCAUUCACCAGAGGACCUUGUUCACCCGGAUAUAUAUACAGCGUCAAUAUUACGGCGACUGGAAUGGCCAUAGGAUGCGUACCACUGCCUUGUCCAGCAGGAAAACUAUACUUUCCUACCGGUAACGGUUGCCAUAAAGUCGGUACUCAAGGACCAUGCCCGAAUGGUCAAGUAGUUUUAUUCCAAGAUUCGAUAAAAACAUCUGUGGAUGGGAUUUCGUACUUGGGCAUGUGCGGUUGCCCGUCUCUCAGCGAUAAAGACUCAUUCUUCCCAUCGUUGAGCAGACUAAACAACGACACCAGUUGCUUGAUUAGUUCGGCUCGAUCCGAAGAUACGAACUUGGUGAAUGGUCAAUCGAACGCGAAAGAAAAACCCCACGACGCUUGUGGCAACAAAAGAGGUAUUAUUGCUUGGAACGAUGGAAGCUGUAAACAACUAUACAGUCAAGGGCCUUGCAAUACUGGCGAAUGGGUCGUACCGGACCGAAGUAAAGGUCAACGAAAAGGUCGAGGGUGGAAAAUGGGCAAAUGCGAAUGCAGACCAGGAUACACGGUGUCAACUGACGAUACAAAUACGACUGUUUGCCAACCACCAAGUGUUAUUUUAGCCAAGUUCCUAAAUAAUAGAACUGAAUCUUCAUCGGUUAAAUCAGAGUCCAAGCAAGUUUUCAUUCCGGCGUCUAGUACUAAUAAAGGACACAAUAAUAACGAAUUGUUCGAGUCUACGCAGAGCAGUAAUUUUAGAAAUAAUUUAAGAACUAGAAACGAGCAUAAAACAGAACAGUACAAUUAUCAAAAUAAGAUUCAAGCAUUUAAAUAAAAUUAUUUAUUGUGUAUUUAUCGA